AUGGAAGGGUCGUAUGAAUGCCAGUGUAAAGAAGGCUUCACUCGGGCCAGUGAUGAUUUAGACUGCUCUGAUAUUGAUGAAUGUGAAAAUGAGAAACCUUGUCACCAGAAUGGCACAUGCUUGAAUUUAGCAGGCUCCUUCUCAUGUACCUGCAAACAUGGAUUCUCAGGAAACGGUGUAACGUGUGAGGAUAUAAAUGAAUGUGCAGUUGAGGGUAUGUGCCAUCUACAAGCCAACUGCUACAAUUAUCCUGGAGAAUUUAUGUGUAUAUGCCACCAGGGCUUUAAUGGAGAUGGUUUCACCUGUACAGACGUGGAUGAAUGUGUCCUUUCAAAUUAUACUUGCCCAGACAUCUCUGUAUGUGUCAAUUCCCCUGGAGCAUAUGUCUGCUCUUGUCUGAAUGGCACAGUAGCAUACAACAACACCUGUGUCCUCCCUAGUCGUGAAUGUGAUCCUGCCUGCCAUCCACAUGGACUUUGUCAUCCUUCACCUUCAGGGUAUCAGUGUGUGUGUGAUGUGGGAUUCAAAGGGGAUGGACUCAUUUGCUCGGACAUCGAUGAAUGUGAAGAAAAUGUGUGCCCAAAGAAAGAGACUCAGUGUGUCAAUAAGCCAGGAUCCUUUGACUGCAUAUGCAAAGUGGGCUACGCUCUUAAUGGAACAGAAUGCAUAGAUGUGGAUGAAUGUGAAUCUGGAGUCAAUAGCUGCAGCAAGUUUGCGCAGUGUGUCAACACCAUUGGGAGUCACCUAUGCCUCUGUCUCAAUGGCUUCACUGGGGAUGGAAAAAACUGCUCUGUCUUUUAG